AUGAGCGAAAAAAGAAUUAUUAAAUUGUCUAGAACGACGGACGAUCAACUCAUGAAACUCGCUGAUUCUCUUAGAGUCAAAGUAGAUCAAAUUGAUUUCAAACAGAUUUUAGACAAAAACAAAGACUAUUGCAUAAUCAACAUGGGGAAUCCGAUGAUCGGCGGUACUCAUUGGUUAGCUGUAUCAAACAAAGACAAGGUCUAUUUUGACCCUUUGAAUCUUCCACGGCCUAAAGUGAUUCCAAAAGACUAUUCAUAUCGCAAAAUAGGAGUUCAAACCCUCGUUUUGGUCACUGUGGUGGUUUCGCAGUGUUGUUCUUGUACUAUCUACAGCAUGGGAAAGUGGAUGACUUCUACAAGCUCUUCAAACAACACUUUUGAUCUUGAGCGAAAAGGUAUCAUUAUAUAG